AUGUAUCCCCAUAUACCCAUUGCGCUGACCCCCCCAUCUACUCGAUCAUCCAACGAGCCUCCAGAACCCUUUGCCCAUAUUCGUUCUCGAUCCACUGCCCAGGUCAAUGCCCAUAGUCCUAAACGUUUGUCUGUCUUUAGUGGUCGCUCUCGGAGCAAUACCACCAAUUCUACUUCUUCCCGUCGCUCCCCGGGUUCCUCAAUGACAUCCAUGGAUGGCUCCGUCUCGUCCCAGGAUGAACGAACAACCUCAUCACUGGGAAUGCGCGAGAAAUCGGACCGUUCUUCUCGAUCUUUCCUAGCUAGAGGCAGCCGCAUUCUUCGUCGACAAGGAAGCAAGAUCAAUAUCGUCGCCACGCUGGACGAGGAAGACGAAUAUGAUCGUGAGAAACCCCGCACAGAGAAGUCCGAUAUGUUUGGUCGUCAUCGAUCUCGCAAUGACCAAAAUGGUAAAUUGAAGAGCCUCAUCUCGGACCCAUUCGACUUUCAUCAUCUUACUCAUACGAGCCCGUCACAAUUCCAAUCCUUGGAUCAAACACGGGAAAAUGACCUGGUGACGGAAUUCUCCGUGAUUCGGGCAUCUCAGCGCCCUGAGACUGGUUUGAAGGGCAUCCGGGCCGACGAUAUUCACUUCCGCAACUUCUCCGUGGAUAAUCUGGCGGCAUAUGGACAAGCAACUACUGUGGAUGAGCCGGCUCCUCAAAGUCCACCGGGUUCGCCUCAAGCAUCUGGCUCUUACAGUCCAUCUGGCCACGUUCGAAGAGAGUCUCGGGCCCACGAGAACUUCUCCCGUCCCGUUUCAAAAUACCCUCGAUCCUGUCCUACUACUCCUCCCCCUCCCGUUGUUCCCGAGGUCCCCGCUGAGAUCGCUGAGCCGGCUCCGCGUGCCAUUGAUGAGAUCUUGGGCCUGUCAACUACCACUACCUACCCGGAAGAUAUUCACUCAGCACAGUCCUCCGCUUCUUUCCAAUAUGUCCAGGAUAUGGCUGAUGACUUGUCGUCAGCUCGCACAUCAUCGAUGAGUAGCCACUAUGAUUUGGAAGAUGUGCCCGAGGAGGAAGAGGGGACCCGCAUGUGGGAUAGCCCUGAUCCUAGCGUUGGAUACGCUCAUUCUCGUUCCGGCUCUCAAAUGAGUCAACCACGCAUUGAGGGUCGUCUUUCUAAUACUCGGGCUCCCAAGGGACACCUCUCUAUCUUUGUUGCGGAGGAGCUUUCACGACAGUUCUCCGAAGCUCUGGGCUCGCCAACUCUGCCGCAAAAUCUCCCCGAGACUAUCCCCGAAACACCACCCAAGGAACACGUGGAGAUCACCCCGCCCUCCACUGUCUCCGGCGUGCAACAGUUCUCGUACGAGGAUGUGUUGUACGACUCAUGGGACGCCGAUAUCGACUACUGCUAUGAGCACGCAGCGGAGUCUACCUGCAACUUUGAUUGGUCGCGCACAUCUCUGGAAGAAACUCAGCGCCCUCAAAUUGGCAUCCACUCCACUGAAAACACCUGGCUGGGUGCUACCAAGACUCGUCAGCUCCAGCCCAGUCCUCGUCAGCUCCAGCCCAGUCCUCUGAGCACUAGCACCCUCCCAACUCCCGAAUUGGGCUGCAGUACAGCACGGACAACCCCGUUGCACUCGGCGAUGACCCCAUCAACCGACUAUGAACGGGAUUUCAUGGUUCGCAAUUCGGGCGAUUACUUCCAGCCUGUCAGUUCCUCUAUGCUGAGCAAGCAAAUUCCCCAGGAAACUCUAUAUGAGGACUACCUCGCCGCUGAUGCAGAAUCAGAUCGGCACUUCCCCUUCUCUCAAGGGAUGAUCGCUGUCUCAGAAAACAGCGCCGUCUCUCCCCGGAGCAGCUUUUCUCCUAUCAGCAAGUGCAACUCCCAAGAGAGCUUGAUGCUCUCUCGCGCUGCCUCUAUUGUCCGCAAGCACCGCUCGUCUGUUUCAACAACCAGCGUUCCUGAGUUGAUCCACAGCCUUUCGAGCAGCCGCGAGCUGAUGCCCACCGAUCGUACAAGCGCCAGCGAGAUUCUGGCUGCUGGGUCUGGCAUCAGUCGCCCUACUUCUUCUACCUACCACCGUCAAACUAAGAGCUUGGCCGAGGCACAUCUGCUCCUUCAAGCUGCCAACAGUGUCUCUAGCCUUGGCAACGAGGAAUCUUCUUCCCCUGUUACCUUGACCCACGAUCGCUCCAAGUCCAUCUCCGAGGCGGCUAUGCACCCUGUUCGUGCUGCCGAACCUCCUCUCCCAUCUGUUCCUCCUAAGCAUCCUCUCCGGAAGAAGAGCCGGAACCCAUCAUACUCUCUUUUUCCUACUGCAGCUCAUUAA